AUGCAAUUUGUAUUACCGCAAGAAGAAAGUCUUAUUUUUAACUUUAAUUCAAUGGAUAAUAACAAUAAUGUAAAUACUGAAUAUAAUUCUGAAUUAAAGUUCUUUGAUUCCAGAGCAUGUGAUAUCAUAGUUGCAAGUAACAGACAAAAAGGAAAUCCUCUGAUUCAAUAUAUUAAGAAUACAAUUUAUGAAUUUAGUUCGUUGGUUCCAGACUUCUUGGUAGGUAAAUAUGAUGCUGUAAUUUUCAUAAGUAUCAAGUACCAUAAACUUCACAAUACAUAUCUAAAAAGACGAAUUAUGUCACUAGAGAAAAACUAUAAAGUUCGUGUUGUUUUGUGUAUGGUUGAUGUUUCCUCAUCUGCUGGUUUGGAUACUACCAUUCUUGAUAUAACAAAUAUAUGCUUUAACACUAACAUGACACUAUUAUUGGUAUGGACACCUCAAGAAGCAGCUGCUGUUCUAGAAGCAAUGAAAUCAUUUGAAAACACACCUCCAGAUAGUAUAAGAGGAAUUCUCUCCUCAGAUAUCAACGAAAGAUCCAUUGAAGCAUUAUCUUCUCUUCCUAGAAUAAACAGGAGUGAUGCGUGUAAACUACUGAAAAGCUUUAGUUCAAUGUCAAAUAUAAUAAAUGCACGCGAAUGUGAACUUGUUAAUUUAUCUGGGAUUGGUUUAAUUAAAGCAAAAGUUCUUAGUGAUGUAUUUUCAUCGUCUUUUGUUCCAGAAUAA